CGGUCUGUUUUGUGUGAAUCGAUGCUUUAUCUAGCGGUAUACGCACGGAACCUGUUUUUGUUCUAUGCGCGCCGUUAGCGGCCGACUGUCCUUAUCUCAUGCCUGCAAGUGCACCAGACAGCCUGAUAAAACAUCCAGACGGGUGUGUAACGUGAAGGUCCCUAUGUCUCAUUUUUCAGGCGGGAAAGCCUUCGGGUUACUCAAAGCACAGCAGAGGGAGAAGCUGGAGGAAAUCAAUAAGGAGUAUAUGGAAGAUCAGAAGUACCGGGAUGAAGAGGAUUUGCCAGAGAAGUUGAAUUCUUUUAAAAAUAAAUAUGCUGAGUUUGACCUGAACGAUCAGGGAGAGAUCGACAUGAUGGGCUUGAAGCGAAUGAUGGAGAAGUUGGGUGUGCCAAAGACUCAUCUGGAGAUGAAGAAAAUGAUCUCCGAGGUGACGGGAGGUUGCAGCGACACCAUCAACUACGGGGACUUUGUGAAAAUGAUGCUUGGCAAGCGAUCAGCUGUUCUCAAACUGGUUAUGAUGUUUGAAGACAAAGCUAACGGGACCAGCUGUAAACCCGAUGGACCCCCACCCAAGCGUGACAUCACCAGCCUACCAUAGAUGGCAUCCCUGCAUUCGCAAAUCCUGCCCAUUUAACAUUAGGGGCUAGGUUUCUAUAGCCUUACCUAGAAUCUUUUUUGCCAAGGUCCAGGGAAAAUCUUAGUUCAUAGACGGACAAAAUUAAGAAAAAAAAGUGAAAGAUGUCUAUAUAUAUAUAUAUUUGCUGUGAAGAAGUCGAAGCACAAAGUGGCUUUUUAUAAGUAAACAAAUGUAUAUAUUUAUAUGAAAAAGGUGUUUUUGAAUAGUGUUUACAAGCACAAAUCCUGUGGGUUAAGUACUAGUGAAGUUUAGUGUGUAACACUGCAAGUGUACUAAGUAUAGCGUGUAUGGGAUGACACAAUUGUAGCUUGCAAGGCAGAUUUUAAGAAUUACGGUUGAGAAUUACGAUUUUUCGUCCUCCCCCAUAAUGUGUGAUUUCAUUUUUUUCAUUUUAAGAUGUUCAUGUUUGCCACUUAAGUUGUAUUCGCUUGAAGCGUUCUUUAGCUUUUGCUAACUCCGUGUCCUAAAGUGUGACAUUGUAGAUGUACGUGAGGCUCUUUUAAGAUUCAUUUAGUGCUCAGCCAUGAAAAAGCUUUUCAUUUAGCUUGUUCUGCUUCUAAAUGCAGGAUUUCCUUUGUAACAUUUCUGUACAGGAAGGGGCAGGGCGUGAGAAAGCUGGGAUUUGAGUGAGGGAGAAGGCAAAAAGGGACUACCGUUCAUUCCUCAAACUUUUUGCUCAUUCUGUCAAUCCCUUCUUCACUUUCCACAGUCUUCAGACUUUUUUUUUAACCUGUUUGUAUGCGUCCAAGUGACUGUAAUCUGUAACUUUACUGUACCAUAUAAGCACAUUAACUGUUAAGUACACACAUAUUGUGCAGAUAUGCUUUGAAUCACUUUUAGGUUAUGCUUUCAUAAAUUCUGCUUAAAUUGUAAAUGAUGUCGUGGGUAAGAUGUGUCGCUGAUCGUCGCGUUUUAGAUCCGCAGCAGGGUUUAUUUUAGUCACUAUGGCCGAUUAGUUUGAAACCACUCUUUGUAAGUGCCUCACUCAGUUUGAUGUAGCAGAGGUUGACUGAAGAUUGAGUGAAGCAUCUUUGAAACAUAUUUUGUGUGUGUGUGCAUGGAAUUUAUAUUCUGUUGAGUACCAUUUUGAGACAUUCCAAGAAAGUCGUGUGAUGGAGUCCUUGGAAAUGUUGUCAUGUUUUAACCCAAGCAGACUUACAUGUUGUGCAGCUCUGAUGCAAAUAUUCCAGUAGUGCUUUGUCCUCUUUUAUUUUAUUUUCCAAUGGCCUCAUCAAGUUUCCUUUCUAUAAGAUGUGCUUUGUAAGGAAAACAAAAUCUCAAAAGUUUUUUAUUUUUAUUUUUUAGAUUAAGAUGACAUGUCAGCAGAAGCAGGUGUGGCUUUCACUUCCAUUUCAGACUUCAUCUGCAAAUAAAGCAACUUUUAUUUGUU